AUGUCACUUCUUUUAUCAUUUAACUACCUCCCCACACCCCAGUACUGGUAUCAUCCCCUCACCUUCCCGAGAACUGGUAUCAUCCCCUCACCUUCCCCCAAUAUUGGUAUCAUCACCUCACCAAGUAAUGGUAUCAUCCCCUCACCUUCCCCAGUACUGGUAUCGUCCCCUCACCUUUCCCCAGAACUGGUACCAUUCCCUCACCUCCCCCAGUACUGGUAUCAUUCCCUCACCCUUCCCAGUGCUGGUAUCAUCCUUCACCUUCCCCCUUACUGGUAUCAUCCCCUUACUUUCCCCCAGUACUGGUGUCAUCCCCUCACCUUCCCCCAGUACUGGUACCAUCCCCUUUACCUUCUCCCAGUACUGUUAUCGUCCCCUCACCUUCCCCCAGUACUGGUACCAUCAUCCCCUUUACCUUCCCCAGUACUGUUACCAUCCCCUUUACCUUCCUCAGUACUGGCAUCAUCCCCUCACUUUCCCCAGUACUGUACUGGUAUCAUCCCCUCAUCUUCCUCCAGUACUGGUAUCAUCCCCUCACUUCCCAAGAACUGGUAUAAUCCCUCACCUCCCCCCUGUACUGGUAUCAUCCCCUUACCUUCCUCAAGUACUGGUAUCAUCCCCACACCUCCCCAGUACUGGUAUCCUUCCCCCCAAUACUUGUAUGAUCCCUCACCUACCACUAGUACUAAUAUCAUCCCCUCACCUUCCCCCAGUACUGAUAUUAUCCCCUCACCUUCCCCUAGAACUGGUAUAAUCCCUCACCUUCCCCCUGUACUGGUAUCAUCCCCUCACCUCCCUCAGUACUGGUAUCAUCCCCUCACCUUCCCUCAGUACUGGUACCAUCUUCUCACCUUCCCCCAGUACUGGUGCCAUCCCCUUUACCUUCCCCAGUACUGGUAUCAUCCCCUCACCUUCCCCCAGUAUAGUUACCAUCCCCUUGACCUUCCUCAGUACUGGUAUCAUCCCCUCACCUUCCCCCAGUACUGGUAUCAUCUCCUCACCUUCCCCCAGUACUGGUAUCAUCCCCUAUCCUUCCCCAUUACUGGUAUCAUCCCCUCACCUUCCCCCAGUACUGAUAUUAUCCCCUCACAUUCCCCCAGAACUGAUAUAAUCCCUCACCUUCUCCCUGUACUGGUAUCAUCCCCUCACCUCCCUCAGUACUGGUAUCAUCCCCUCACCUUCCCCCAGUACUGGUACCAUCCCCUUUACCUUCCCCAGUACUGGUACCAUCCCCUUUACCUUCCCCAGUACUGGUACCAUCCCCUUUACCUUCCCCAGUACUGGUACCAUCCCCUUUACUUUCCCCAGUACAGUUACCAUCCCCUUUACCUUCCUCAAUACUGGUAUCAUCCCCUCACCUUCCCCCAGUACUGGUAUCAUCCCCUAUCCCUCCCCAUUACUGGUAUCAUCCCCUCACCUUCCCCCAGUACUGAUAUUAUCCCCUCACCUUCCUCCAGAACUGAUAUAAUCCCUCACCUUCUCCCUGUACUGGUAUCAUCCCCUCACCUCCCUCAGUACUGGUAUCAUCCCCUCACCUUCCCCCAAUACUGGUACCAUCCCCUUUACUUUCCCCAGUACAGUUACCAUCCCCUUUACCUUCCCCAGUGCUGGUAUCAUCCCCUCACCUACCCCAGUACUGGCAUCAUCCCCUCACCUUCCCCAGUACUGGAAUAA